GCGCGGUUGGCGUUUCCACGGAGAAGGCAGCGCGGCGCGCUCCGGCCGUGGCGGUAGUAUGAGCCUGUCCGUGAGGCAAACAAAUGAAUAUAGAGGGAUUCCUGAGCAUGUUGAAUUCCACAAGCAAUCUAGGACUGGGAGAUCCUCUGGGAGUCAUCUCCUCCAGCUCUGCUCAGAGCAGGAAUGAGCUUUCAGUAGACAAAACUAAAAAGAAGAGAAGAGAACUGACUGAGGAACAGAAGCAAGAAAUUAAAGAUGCCUUUGAAUUGUUUGAUACAGACAAAGAUAGAGCAAUAAAUUACCAUGAGUUGAAGGUGGCAAUGAGAGCCUUGGGUUUUGAUGUGAAAAAAGCUGAUGUACUGAAAAUACUUAAAGAUUAUGAUCGAGAAGCCACAGGCAAGAUCACCUUUGAAGAUUUUAAUGAAGUUGUGACAGACUGGAUAUUGGACAGAGAUCCACAAGAAGAAAUACUCAAGGCAUUCAGAUUGUUUGAUGAUGAUGACUCUGGUAAAAUAAGCCUGAGAAACCUGCGUCGAGUUGCUAGAGAACUGGGUGAAAACAUGUCUGAUGAAGAACUGCGGGCUAUGAUUGAAGAAUUUGAUAAGGAUGGAGAUGGAGAAAUGAAAUAAAGUCUGUAACACAGUACGUCAGGCUACUUGAACCCUAGUCUUACGAGUGGAACUACUGUGCUGUACUGAUAGACUUUUCUGAACUUUCUGUAAAACUGUUUUUGACAUUAGCAUCUGCCUUAAGAAGGUAAAUCAUCAGAUUUUCAUACUGCUGAUCUUCUAAGUAACAUCUGUUUUGGUGUAUGACUAUUUUUAGAAAUUCCAUGCUGUCAAUUCAUUCACCUUUUUGUCUUGCGUGGAUGCAUCUACAGUAAACAUAAUCCCGUUUCAGUUUUAUGUUCUUGCAAAGAAUUAGGGUUGGAGGGAAAGCUCCACUAAAUUAACUUUACUCUCUUGUUAACUCCUGGAGAGUUUCUUAACUCUCCCAAGUCAAUGUUUUAUUCAUUUUAGCUGUAAGAAUACUUACUUUAUGAUGAUAUAUGUCACAAAAAUAAUGGAUGUCUGACACUAGGAAGGGCAGUGGUUGUUGCCCUGGCACCUGCUCAUUAGGUGGCUUGUCAGAGGUGUGGAGUCUGAGGAGGAUGACUUGGAUUGCUGGGAUUUGUUGUCACAUCUCUCUUUGCACUUUGAAUGUUGCCAAAUUUGUUUACCACUGUAAUAUUGUAUUUCCACUUUGCAGCAUUAUGGAACAGGUGUGUUUUGGGUCAGGAAAUGUUUCACUGAGGAUGUUUGCAUUUGUAGCUCUUCGAAAAUUUCUUUGGCUUCUGGAUUUAAUGUGCAUGUAGUAUUGAAACUGACUAUGUAAUACUUCUGGAAUAGUCUUUAGAAAUUAUGAUGAGAAGGAGUUGGGUAGAAAUUUUGUCAGAAGAAGGUGGAUUAGUAUGAGUUUUUUUACCUAGUUUUUUGCCUUUAUUUAUUUACUUUGUUUCUUGUUACACAGGUAGCACAGCUAGUCUCAGCACUGUUCUUUAGCAGAGAAAACAUAACUUCUUUUUGAUGUUUUUUUAUUUUUCUUCUGUAUUUUUCAGUAGUCCACACACCCACUGGGCAGCACAUUAAAGACUCCAACUUACUUAUCCAACAUCUUGUAAUUGUAGCAGGAAAAAAACAGCACCCUCAGUUCAUUGUGGAAAUGUUUCCUAUUUCUAUUUUAGUUGUUAACCACUCUCUUAACAGUGUCCCCCUAAACUGGUGGCAGAAACAAUCAAUUCCAAAACAGUAGAUUUUUGCCUUUGUGAGGUGAAAAUACAACCAAGUGGUAAAGAGUGUGAAUAUCAGUCAUUCUACUUGAUGACACCUUGGGUCUGAACAAUUGCAGCUCUUUGAUGAAGUAUCCUCAGUUACAGUAAAUCAAGCUGAUCAUCCACCCAGAGAGACAAGCAUAUACUCUGAAUAGCAGGCCUGUUUGAUAACUGUGGAAGAAUAUUUUCAAAUCCAUGUGUUAUGGUUAAAAUUAUAAUCCACUACUUCCAUUUGUAUAUAUAAGAAAAUACAUUGGUCUUCUAUUUUGGUAUUUUUUUCUUUAUUACUUAAUGUCCUUCUUGCAGACUUCUUGCUGAAAAGGUGAAAAUAAUGUAAUGUGUAGUUCCUACUUUUGCCUCAUCUCCUAUUCUGUGUCUGAAACUUGCCCUCUGGUUGGUGAUGUCCUGAAGCAGUAACAGAGAAGUAAACUACUUUGAAAUUCAUUUGGUUCUUCAUAUUGGACUGUCAGGCUGAACUGCUGAUGUGACUGCAGACUUGCCUUCAAAGGAGAACAUUUGUAUCAUGCUCAGUAAUCAUUUGGCUGAUGGGGAUACUAUAUGUCCCGGGCAGUGGUCUCAACUUGAUUGUUUAGGGGGAAAAGUUGUUUAAAAAAAAAAAAAAAAAAAGUCACUUAAGGGUUCUCUGGUUUCUGAGAAGGUGAAAGAAAGCUGUGAUUUUUUCAGACCAUGAGGGUGGGUAAGCAUAGCAACCUUGGAGACGUUUUACAGCUUAAUGAGGCAAAGGCCUGAACAACAGGAUUUAUCUACCCUGCUUUGAGAAAGGAUUGGGACAUGAGUUUUGGAUUACUGUUCAGUAACUCUAACAGUAUUUGAAGUUUAUAAGUGUAAUUAAUUUAUCAACAUGGAUUAAUGCAUUAGUCAUCUUUUAAUAGUUUUGGUACAUUUACUGAAAUGACUUGUUGAAUUAGAAGACAUUCUGAACUUAUUCCUCUUUGAAUGCCAACGAAGAUGCACAUUUAUUUAGUUUGCAUUUCCUCUAGGUAUGCUCAAGCCAUUAAAUUCAGAGCCUUAAGUAAGAUCCACUUAAGACUAGAGAAUAACUUUCAAAAACAACAGUAGAAGAGAACAGGUGUAAAAUAAAGGAAGGUAGUCCAAGUUAACAAAUUGUCCCUUUUCACCAAUGUUUUGCUGCUUUGAGAGUAGGCAAUGGCUUCACAUUAUCAGCAGCUUUAUAUCACUAAUUUAUUGAAUUUAGUAAGUCAGACCAUAGCACAUAUGAAGUUGUGUCCGUACACAAUGGCAUAAAGCGGAAAUAUCCUUUCCUACUGUAGUGUUUUUAUGCCAUGUACAUGCAAAAAGAGUUAACAGUAUUUUUAUGUUUCAGCUUAUUUUUAAACACUAAUUACAUGCAUUAUUAAUGGGAGGGAAAGAAGAAGCAAUCCCUGUGUCCUUUUUAGAUAUCUCUGUUUCGUUCAUGAAUCAAACCACUUGAAACUUCGAUUCUGGUUUUAAUUUUAGUUGUGUGUCAUAAAAUGAAAGCAGUAUUGAUGUCUAAGGAAAGUGUUGCUUUCACCUUUAAAAUCCUCAUACCUUCAGAAGACAAUUUCAAUCAUACCUUGAUUGUGAUGUUUUAGGACGAAGCUCAAGUGGUCACUUGUCUUGCUGGAUAUGUGUGUGGCUCCAUCUUAAUUUCUUUUCUUACAGCAGCACUGAUUGAGUUUCCUCUCUGAAUUUGUGUUUAAUGCGGCUUACUGAAAAGCUACUUUGGACUCCACAUAUAUCCUGCAGAUAACUGCUACUGGCAAAGGUCAUAUACACAGAGACUAUUGCUCUUCAAGUAAACAUGCAAAUAGUAAUUAUUGUAAGUAAAAUAAUCUGUAACUAUCUUUGAAAACUAGUCAUAGACUUUGAGAUGUAUUCUCUUUCCAGUUACACUUUUACGUGUAGCUUAAAACAAUUUUAUAACCUGAAUGAGUGAAAAUAGGUUGCAACAUUAUGCUUGUUGAGCAAUAUAACUAAAUCAAACAGCUAUUAUUUUAUAUGCAGUAAAGCCUUAAUUUCCAAACUCUGGAAAAUGAGCAUCAUACUUUUGUAGUAACUGACCACUAAUUGAACAACCCUUGAGAGUAAAGCAUUAAAAUAGAGCCAUAAUAGGCCAAACCCAUCUGUUUUACUUUCUGAAAUCUGUUGAGUUUUUUUUCCCCAUUGCACUCUUCAACCUUCACUUUGCAGAAUCAAACAGAUAAGUAUUAAUGCACAGAAGUUUCCAGUAUAUUUUCUGUAAUCAUCCAUCUGACUUCUUAUCCCUAUUUUUAUUUAUUUUGGCCAGUAUUCCAAACGUGUUUCCAUUUUAAGUUGCUAGAACUGUUUCUCAGGAAUUUUACAACUUUUCAACAUCUAUCUUUUUACUACUAAUCUUCUAUUUUUUUAUUUAUUUUUUCUUUUAGUUAUUGUUAGCCACUACAUUAUAUGAACAAUGAUAAACUGAAGAAUAAUUAAAGUGGAAAAGACAUGUUAGUACAUAAGGGAAAAUUUACAGGAAGUUGUAAUUAUCUGAAAUCAAAACAUGAAAAAUUCAACAAAUAUAGAAAUACAUGGAUUUACUUGGUAAUACUAGUGAAAUAAAACCAUGAUAAUGCCUUUUAAGUCAUGCAGAAAACACGGUGCUUCUGUGUAAUGCAACAUGGUGUAGCUAUUUGAUUGACUGACAUUUUAGAGUUUAUAGUCCUAAAAUAGAUUGUUUCCUGUUGUUUUUAAAUGUGUUGCAAGAUGGCAGAUUUGAAUUUAUUUUUUAAAAUACUUUUAACAUGAACUGGUUUAGCUUUCCUCUGGCUGUAGAUGUAACUUCUGCUUUGCAAUGGUAUGUUCAGGAUUAACUUGGGCACACUGUUUGGGGCACAUAAUUGUCAAGGACAGUUUGUCAUAUGUGUCUGUUCUUUUGCAUAUCACUGGCUUAAUCUGUUCAUUCCGCACUACGGUAAUUAGCUGCAGAGUGAACAUGUUCAUUGGUUAGCUCUUUUACAGUGUCUCUGUUUUAACAUAUGAGUAAGGUCAAUAGCUCAGGUGUAAGUGCAGUAAAAUAAUUAAUGACUGCUAAUUAUUACUAUUACUUAAUUUCUUCAAGUACAUUUGUGUUAAGUUUCUGUUAAUUAUAACUGUAGAAUGAAGAAAGUUCAGGUGGGAGAAAAACUUGUCAAAAGUCUGUCUUAAUUCAAGCUAAUUUGUAGAAUCAUGAAAUUCAUUUUUUAUUUGUUCACUGUUACAGAUUUGGGAGAGGAAAACUAUGGUGUGAAUGUGUGCUUUUUUGAGCUAUUUUGUCAUUUUUGCUUUUUUGGGGGGAAGAUGGGAACGCAGAACAAAAAGGUCUGAAUUAUUCUUUGAAGAAUAAAGUAGAAUUUGACCAUAAGUGGAACUGCAGCUUUGUUGUUUGAGAAGCAUGUACUAUAUAUAUUGUUAUGGUUUUAGCAUAUAAAGAUGUUAAAAAUGGAAAGAAAGUGGUGUAGUUUUUCUUAGUUGUAUUUUAAGGUACUUUCCUAAUUUUUAUUUUUAAUUUCUAAAAUAUUUUUACUUUCAGAAUUAGAAAUAAUAUUUUUUUAUUUAUGAGUCAAAUUCUGUCUUAAGAAUCACAUGUAGUUAAGAUUGCAUUCUGACUUCAUUUCACAUUAAAAAGAAAAAAAAAAUUCUGUUCUAGAAGCAAAAAAAAAAUAA